AUGUCAUCUCCCAACCGCCCAACAUCCCAGGAUCCACCCCCAGUCCCAACAUCAUCAUCGUUUGCGUUUGCCAGCUUCCUGAUCCAUUCCGGGGCCCGUGCGCCCGUGAUUGGCUGUAGUGUUGAGCUUGCAAGAGGCUUGAAAGAUGGGAUGGUCCUCGCUCGCCGGCUUACUGUGCAUUAUGCUUAG